AUGUCAGCGUAUCGUCCUAAGAGAAAUUUCCCAUCGGCAGUUAACACCCCAACAGCUGUUCGUGUUGAAGCGUCACAAGCAAUAAAUAAAUCAGAAGCGGAAACUAUAUUAAGUGACUUCAUUUCAGUCAGUGAAGCUAUAGCUGGAUCUUUACCAAGCUCGUUAGACUCAAGCCAAGUUACCUUUUCUAAUACAGGUUUGUCUAGUGGUUCCGGAAGCAGUGCGAUCUUGAGUCAAUUAAAGAGAGUCCAAAGAGACUUGAGAGGCUUACCACCGUUAUUGUCAGAAGUUGUUGGAUCAACACCGGGGACAAUUGCGUCAGCAGAGACCGUAAACAAGAAGAUCAAGUUUGAUGACGAAGGCGCUGAUGUCUCAGAAGAACCUAAGAACAAAAAAAUCAAAUUCGAUGAUUCAGAAGUCGAUGCAGAUAUAGAAAUGAACGACCCCGUGUCAGCAGAACUUGCGAGCGAAAGUGAGCCAGAAGAAAAGGAAGAGGAUGAAGAAGAGGAAGAGAAGCCUCAUAAGGAAAGCAAGAAAUCGAAAAAAGAAAAGCACGAUAAGAAAGAGAAGAAAGAAAAGAAACACAAGAAAGAAAAGAAAGAGAAGAAAGAUAAGAAAAAAGAAUCCAAAGAGUAA